GCAUUGACUGUUCCUCGGACUUGCUGCCAACUUAUGAUGACAAAUAUUAUUUCUUUCUCUCUUUCUCUCUCUUUCUCACGCUCUCUCUCUUACUUUUCAUUUAAGUUCUCCCCAUCUUUCUCAAUUUCCCCAACGCUCUGAAAACCAGAGAGGCAAAAGAUACCUGGGAAGUCUUUGGCUAUGGCUUCUUUGAAGUUACCGGUGUCAAGGGCCGAUACGGGCGGAGGAGGAGAGCUCCGCCAGGGCUCGGCCAUGACGGAGCGAGGCGCCCAUGCCGCCGUCUCUUACAUGGCUUGUGCAGUUCUCUUGGUCAUGUUCAACAAAGCAGCCAUUUCCUCUUAUGAUUUCCCCUGUUCGAAUGUCAUCACACUUCUGCAGCUGAUGACUUCCUGCAUAUUUCUGUAUUCAUUGAGAAACUGGAAGAUCAUCUCAUUUGCAGAUGGUAAUGAAGAGAGUAAAGCUACUAAUCCAGCCACCCUUGUACCAUUCAAGACAUUGGUUCACACCCUUCCUCUCUCAUUGUCGUAUUUGCUUUACAUGCUGGCAUCAAUGGAGUCUGUGCGUGGUGUAAGUGUUCCCAUGUACACCACCCUUAGGCGCACAACAGUAGCUUUUACGAUGGUCGUGGAGUAUUUUUUGGUAGGACAGAAACAUUCACCUCCUGUUAUUUGCAGUGUGGCAACAAUAAUACUUGGUGCACUAGUCGCAGGAGCUCGGGACUUGUCAUUCGACCUCUACAGCUAUGCUGUUGUUUUCCUAUCAAAUAUCUGUACAGCAAUAUAUCUUGCUUCUGUAGCUCGUGUUGGGAAGUCCAGUGGUCUCAAUAGCUUUGGCCUCAUGUGGUGCAAUGGAGUGAUUUGUGGACCUGUCCUGUUAUUCUGGACAUUCAUCAGAGGUGACCUGGAGGUGACAAUGAACUUUCCACAUUUAUUCACCCCAGGCUUUCAGGUCGUGAUGGUGCUUUCCUGCAUAAUGGCUUUCCUGUUGAACUAUUGCGUGUUCUUAAAUACAACAUUGAACUCUGCACUGACACAGACAAUCUGUGGGAACUUGAAGUUAUCAUCGUCUCUUAGGCUGCAAAACUGGUCUACUAGUCCUGACCAUCAGGCAUCAGACAGUUGUACCUUUUGGCUCAAUCUGUCAUCCCUUAGGCUGUUGGAACCAAAUAAUAAAAUGUUUCUGUGUUUUAUCAAAAUUUUUGAAGGUUCUUGUCAUCAGUCAAGCAGGAAGUACCUGUUGAGGCUAGAAAUGUGUUUUCCCCCGACUGUCCCUGUCAACGUAGAAUUUGAAAUACCUUGUCUUGUUAGACCAUGUCUGUGUCAAACAGCAAUGAUCCAAAACACAUAGUUUCUACAUCAUAUCUGAAAUCAACUUCACAUUUGAUAUCUGCUACAACCCAAUUAAAGAAUUUAGAGAAUCAAAAUAAGAGAAGUGUUAUAUUUUUGUGAAACAUCAAAUGAGGCCCAAAGGUUGGGGGGCCACUUGCAACUGUGGGCUGCCCUUUUUGGGCGCCCACUGGAGGGCCAUUUGGCAACCACCGUUGGCCCAAGCCCAAGCCUUCUGCCUUUCGAUUUUUUGUCGCAUAGCCUACAGCAGAUCACCCUUA